AGACUAAGUCAGUUCGUAUCUAACUUUCGUGGGGUGUAAACAUGUCCUAUAGUGAUCGUAAUCGAAUGUUCGGGGUGGUGUGACGAGAUAGAAUUUGCGGACUGAAAUGAAUGCGCCUGUUAUUGGUUCUCUGUUAUUGUAAUGCAUAUUGGUGCCACCUACGAAUCUAAAAAGUAAACCGGAAAUAGAUGUCGUUUGAAGUGAUUUAUGUAAAGGGUGUACAAAAAAGGCCCACCUCGUAUCCGGAGGAAGAAGAGCUGAUGGCCCAUUUAAGUGCAGGCAAAAUCGGUGAUAUACGUGAAGAAUCUGAUUGAAGAAGUGAAACCACAAGUCAGGAAGAGUGAAUAAAAGAAAGUACAAUUGGGCCAGUGGGCGGAAUUAAACUACCUGUUGCUUGCUGUACGACUAACAGACCUGUUUGAAUGUGACGUCGUCGUUUCUCAAAUCUUUCUCAAUGCACAGUCGCAUACCGUUGGUGUGCUGUGGAUGGAUGCUAACUGACCACCAAGACAUAAAGACCUGCCCACACGUGCUUUCCCUAUACGUAUCAUAAUUCGCAAAGGUAUGUGGUGCCGGACUAUGAUAGAUAAUCCAAACAGUGGAGGACCGAAUCAGCUGAAUCCGUUCGUAAUAAUAUAGCUCUCUGAGAGUGAUUUGGCUGAAAAGGAGAAUUAAUUAGCAAUUGAUAACGAACCGCCAAUAACGAACGAAGCGAAAUGAGCGAGCUGGUAGGAGCCGCGUUUGGCUCCGUAGCAACAGCCGCUUCCAGUGUUGGUUGGUUCGUGCCUAUGCUAGUGGCGGCUAUUGCCUAUUUCCAGUAUGAAGAAUUUAUGGAUCCGGAGGCGAGAGUCAUGGAUGUACCGACCGAUGCGAUGUUGGAUAAAUAUGACUUCAUAAUAAUAGGUGCCGGUUCAGCAGGGGCGGUAAUGGCGAACCGACUAACAGAGGUUGAAAACUGGAAUGUCUUGGUACUGGAAGCCGGCGGGGAUGAAACGGAGAUUUCCGAAGUGCCACUCAUGGCGGGAUAUCUGCAGUUGAGCAAACUUGAUUGGAAGUAUAAAACGGAACCUUCGGGGAAGUACUGUCUCGCUAUGAUUGGAGGACGAUGCAAUUGGCCGCGAGGCAAAGUAAUAGGUGGAUCGAGUGUGCUGAAUUACAUGCUGUAUCUGAGAGGCAAUAAAAAGGACUAUGACCAGUGGGAAGAGCUCGGUAAUACUGGUUGGGGGUACAAAGACGCUCUGUAUUACUUCAAGAAGUCGGAAGACAACACCAACCCGUAUUUAGCCAAUACACCAUAUCACUCCACGGGCGGCUACCUCACGGUUGGGGAAGCGCCCUAUCACACACCAUUGGCAGCAGCGUUUGUGGAAGCUGGUGUCGAGAUGGGAUACGACAAUAGAGAUCUGAAUGGAGCUAAAACAACUGGGUUUAUGAUCGCUCAAGGAACGAUUCGUCGGGGAGGGCGAUGCAGUACCGGCAAGGCGUUUUUGAGACCAGCCAGGCUACGACCCAACUUGCAUGUUGCUAUGUACUCCCAUGUUACCCGAAUUCUGAUCGACCCUGUUACCAAAGUAGCAUUUGGCGUCGAGUUCAUCCGAGAUCGAAAAAUACAUGUGGUGAGAGCAUCAAAAGAAGUUAUUUUAUCUGGAGGAUCAGUGAACUCUCCUCAAAUACUGAUGUUGUCAGGAAUUGGACAUAAAACCGAAUUAGCGAAGCAUAGAAUACCAUUGAUCAAAGAUUUAGCAGUUGGUGACAACUUACAAGAUCACGUAGCUUUGUGUGGUCUCACAUUUUUAAUAAAUCAACCAGUUUCAAUCGUGGAACAUCGAUAUCACACUAUGUCUACAGUUUUACAAUAUGCAGUAUUAGGGCAAGGACCUCUUACUAUUCUUGGAGGUGUGGAAGGACUCGCAUUCGUUAAUACAAAGUAUGUGAACGCGACCGAUGAUUUUCCUGACAUUGAGUUUCAUUUUGUCUCCGGAUCUACAAACUCGGACGGAGGAAAUCAACUUCGUAAAGCACAUGGCUUGACAGAUUCCUUCUAUAAUGCUGUUUUUGCACCCAUUAACAAUAUGGAUGCGUGGAGUAUAAUUCCUAUGUUGCUUCGCCCAAAAAGUGUUGGUCAAAUAAGAUUGAGAAGUGGCAAUCCACUGGAUUAUCCAUACAUCUACGCGAAUUACCUACACGACGAAUUGGACCUGAAAACAUUGAUAGAAGGAGCGAAAAUUGCGUACGCUGUAUCCCGAACACAAACCAUGCAGAAAUUCCAAUCAACCAUGAGUGGUUAUAAAUUUCCAGGCUGCUCACAUAUUAAAAUGUUUACCGAUUUGUACUGGGAGUGCAUGAUACGGCAUUACACUUGCACGAUUUACCACCCAGUUGGGACGUGCAAAAUGGGACCUUAUUGGGACAAAACUGCCGUGGUGGAUCCCCAGUUGAGGGUAUACGGAGUCCGCGGCUUGCGGGUGAUCGAUGCCAGUAUUAUGCCGAAACUGGUCAGUGCGAACACAAAUGCUCCAGUGAUAAUGAUUGCAGAGAAAGGUGCCGAUAUGAUUAAGGAUUUCUGGAUCAAACGAAGUAUAGUCAAAACGUAGACCACGUAUACCGGACGAAUUUUCAUGUAUAUAUUAGUGCGCGACAGUAGUAUGAUUUAUUUAUUUUGACCAUAAAACGUACGAAGAUCAUGUGUCAUGCAUUAGUUAUAAGAUGUGUAGAAAUCGCGUUAGUAUAAGAAAACUAUUGUGAUCUGAUAAUGGGACAAUAACCUGAUAAGAUUGAACGGUACUUGAGCAUGAACAAUAGAAUAAUAGGCAUUUUAAUCAUAGAAAAUGCGGAAGAGUGGACAUUUUUAGUUACAUCUUCAUGACAAUAUAGACGUAAAAUAAUAACACACUGAAUAAAGUUAAGGUACAUAAAUUAGAAGCAAAUAAACCAUGAUUUUUUUUGUUACGUUGUUUUGUUUCAAUUUGGCGAAAAAAAAAUCUGCAUGAAUAUCUUUGUAUCUCAUUCUAAUCUAGUCUAAUCGAACACAAAAGCAUAAUAGAAAAUGAUGAGGUCUUA